CUGGAACGAAGCCUCGUCUCGACUCGUCCAGCACCCGUAUCGACAACUGACCAGCCAUGCCCCGUGCUCCCAGGAACUGCUCCAAGACCACUAAGGUCCCCCGUCGUCCUUUCGAGUCCGCUCGUCUCGACGCCGAGCUUAAGCUCGCCGGUGAAUACGGUCUCCGCAACAAGCGUGAAAUCUGGCGUGUCAUGCUCACCCUCUCCAAGAUCCGUCGUGCUGCUCGUGAGCUCUUGACCUUGGAUGCCAAGGACCCCAAGCGUCUCUUCGAGGGUAACGCCUUGAUUCGCCGUUUGGUCCGCAUCGGUGUCUUGGACGAGUCUCGCAUGAAGCUCGAUUACGUCCUUGCCUUGAAGGUUGAGGACUUCAUGGAGCGUCGUCUCCAGACCCAGGUCUUCAAGCUCGGUUUGGCCAAGUCCAUCCACCACGCUCGUGUCCUCAUCCGUCAGCGCCACAUCCGCGUCGGCAAGCAGAUUGUCAACGUUCCUUCCUUCGUUGUCCGUCUCGACUCCCAGAAGCACAUCGACUUCGCCUUGACCUCCCCCUACGGUGGUGGUCGCCCUGGCCGUGUCAGGCGCAAGCGGUAAGACUACCUGUGUUUAUU